AUGGAAGGGACAAUUGGGACGCUAUGUUACGGAUCCAAGAUUGCACUUCUCAUCAUGGAGGGUGGAAGGGACUUAGCUGAGCGGUGGGAAGAGGAACAGUCAAAAAUUUUGAGUGGCAUAUGUGUUCCUCAAUUCAAGUACUCGAUAGCACAAGGCAGUUCUUUGGACUACCACUACUUCUUGGGUAAAAACCGGAAUCUGGAAAGAAAAUACAGCAGAUGA